AUGCUGCGGUUGCGGUGUCUCUUGUGCGUUCCGGCAGUUGCGGGCCAACGAAGAGUUAUCAUGAGAUCACAAAGUUGGGUAUCGGUGCGAUACGUCGGUUCUUCAUCACGUGUUCACGCUCGUUUUCUUGGCCGCGGUUGUUCUUUUGGCGCUGCGCUCAGUGAACAGCAUCGAUGGAUGCGCGUUGGGGCCCACAAAAGGGCAGCGGGGUCUGCUGACGAGACGUCACAGGGAGGAGCAGAAGGAGAGGACGGAGCCCCUCGGGGGGAUCGGGCCAAUACGACUAGCGGCAUACACUCUCAUAUACAGGGUUUGAAGGAAGACAUCAGGAAAUUCCCGGAUAUAUACAAUAGUGCCAACGCAUUUAACUUCAUUCUCUUCACAGCUUUCUGCCUAUGCAGCACGGGAAGUAAUGUGGAAGAGAAGUGGUGGAUGGAUAACUGGGGUAUCGAUGCCACGUUCGCACCUUGGGCGUGGUUACUGCACUCGUUUAUGAUGAACAAUUUUCUCUCUGCGGCAUUUUCGAUGCUCCUCCUUCAUACAAUGUGCCAUAGUGUGCUCCCCACAAUUGGUUCCCGCGGCCUCGUAAUUUAUUGUGUGAUUACCGCUGUUACCUCUGGAUUUAUUAUGUGGGUGGGAAACAAGUUGGCGAACAACACGUCGGAGAAGCAGUUUGGGCCAUGGGAUAUUGUUGCUGCCCUGUUUGUGAUGCAGUACCUUCACCAAGGAUUUACACCUGUUCAAAUACUGAACAGUUUCACCGGUUGGUUGCGCUACGCAUGUUGGGUAGGUGCGGUAUGUAUUGCGUAUUAUGACUGGCAACCAACAGCAGUUGGGACAUUGAUGGGGUUGGCUUUGUGUAAGGGCCACCCGCGGUUCCGGGUGACCACAGGUGCCGUGUAG